UAAACGUUGUUGUGUAGAAACAAAGGGUUCGACUCGCAAAAGAUAAAAGUAGGGGAUUAGGGUUUGAGAGUGUAGGGGAAGGGCUAGGGUUUUGGAGCGGGACGAUGCCGCCGAAGGAUGGGUCGGGAGCGCGACAAGAAGCAGUGGCAGGCCAAGGGAGCGUAUGCGGCGGCGGGAGCUUACUCAUCACUGCUAGCCAAGCAGCAAGAGUGGCAGAGCAGUAGCGUGUGUGCGAUGAAGGAUCCCCUGUCGCGAACCAAGGUUGUGGUCCGCCGCCUGCCUCCCACACUCUCGGAAGACGCCUUGGUGUCCCGGAUCCAAACCAGGUUUGCCAGGCCUUACCUGUGGAUGCUGUUCCGGCCUGGGAAAUCGACCCACAGAAACCAAAUCCACUCUCGCGCCUAUAUCGAGUUCGAGAGGCCAGAGGACGUGCUUGCUUUCCAUGAGGAUUUCCAUGGACAUGUCUUUGUGAACGAGAAAGGCUCGCAGUAUAAAGCCAUGGUGGAGUACGCACCCUACCAACGCGUGCCGGAUUUGCGAGUGAAGAAGGACGGUCGCGAAGGAAGCAUCCUGAGAGACCCGGAUUACUUGGAGUUUGUGGACACGUUGGGUAAAGCAGCCGAGCUUCUGCCGAGUGCCGAUGUCCAGCUGGAAAGGCCAGGCUCGUCCAGAGAAGGUGUUAUAGUUACUCCCUUGAUGGAGUAUGUCCGCCAGAAACGAGCAGCCAAGUCUGCCCAGAGAGCAGCAAAAGCAGGAUUUCGCUCUGGUUCUAUCAUGGGGCCUCCACCUUCGGGCUUCGUCAUCCAGAAGCGUGGUGAUAAGGGAAAGGCUGUGCCGCCAGCAGAUGCCAAAGAUUCUCCCACGUAUGUGCGCCGGGAACACAAGAAACGGGAGUUCAAGGAAAAGAAGCAGAACCGCGAAGCAGGGGACGAGAAUGGUCAUUUUAAAGAGGCAGAUGAAACACCAGCAGGCGAGGGUGAUCCCAAGCCGGUGGACUCAGAUGCGCUAAGACACACCCGUAGGCCGAUCAAGGACAAGACUGAUUCCGGAUACAAUUCACGUGGGCGCCCCCCGGUAUCUCCUGGGCAGUCGCCUUCAACGUACAAGCAUUCGGGCUACAGUUCCGGGCGGGCGUCCAAGUUGCAGGCUGCGAGGCAAUCCGUGGCGGAAGCAGAUUCUAGCGCAACAACGGAUGGUCGGAGGCUGAGAAAUAAGGAUCGGCCUGACCGUCCUGUUUGGACCCCUCGUCGACGCCUGGAUUCCAUGGAUUCUGAGGUUGAUCCUGGAGAUGUAAAGUGCGACACCAGGCCCCGGCUGGGAAGCGACCUUGACAACGAGACGGACGGGAGAAAUGGUGCUGUUGAAAACGGUGCAUUUCGUCGGAAGGGUCCUAGAGACUCUGAGCAUGUGGCUGCCAAGAGGGGAGGUGCAGCGUCAACACCCUUCGGCUGCACAGAGAAGCAGGUGUGGGUUGCGGUUCAGAAAACAGGAUGAGUGUACUAUCUAACUCACAAACGGGCGGACAACCAGCAUGCAUGCGGUGCUGCUGUGAUGAGCCGGGUGCGAGGCCGGCUAGCUUGGAUCCAUCGGUAAAGUGGGCUUUGAAGCGAGACGACGCGACGCGCCGGCAGCCGGGCCUUCAAUUUUUCGGAGACGGAGGCAAGGAGGAAGAGGUACAUACGUACAUGUGAAAUGUAUAGAGGACGCAACACAGCCUUUUCCUUGUACCUAUGUGAAGGAGCCGGAGACAGUGGAUUUUAUAUAAGUUAUAUAUGUGGGUUU